GUGCAGGCGCGGCUGUGGGAAGUGCAAGUGGGAGACUGGGAACAAGAAGGACGGCACCCAGUCCCCUCUCUCCACCCCCCUCGCCAGUCCCAUGGCCAAUCGCUGGGAUCCUGCAGCUCCUUCUGCAGCAGCUCUGAUUUCGCCUUGCUUGGGUCUGCCCGCUGGCCAUCCCCUCCCACUCUCGCCUGGCUUAUAAAAGCUCCAGCGCGCGCCGAGGAUGCCCUUUGCCUACUGCCCUUAACGGAGGGCGAGAAGACGGCGGCGUCCGCUACCUUCCGUUCACCUGAUCGCAUCACCGGGAGGGAUCCCCCGCCAUCCCUUCUGCAAGUGGAUUGUUGUGGCACUUUUUCAUCUUGACCCUUCCUGUCGUGGAGGAAACAUCCCCGGUGCCCCGUUCAGAGCAAUCCCCUUCUGGAGCUAAGGGCGGCCACACGUGCUUCGAGCGGGAGCAGCGAGUGAAAGAGACGCUCGGCGAUUCGAGAGACAACCUCGCAGGCCUCUUUUCGCGGGUGGGAGAGCGAGCGAGCGAGGGAAGGAAGAAGCUUCUGAGUCUUCUGGGUGCUCUGCUAACUUACUGGCUUGCCUGGAGGGCUGAAGAUGGCGAUAAACACGGCAGGACCCCUCGCCCUUCUCCUUGGUUUAGUUAUCCAUCUCUUGGAGCCGAUCUACCCUGCUGAGUCCGAGACCGAGAGAUCGCCCAUCCCCACCGAUAAGCUAUUAAUUCUAACCGUUGCAACAAAGGAAACAGACGGCUUUCACCGGUUCCUGCAAUCAGCAAAGCAUUUCAACUACACAGUGAAGAUCCUGGGUAAAGGUGAAGAAUGGAAAGGAGGAGAGGUUCUGAACUCUAUUGGAGGAGGCCAGAAAGUACGUCUAUUGAAAUCUGUGAUGGAGUCAUAUGCUGAUCAAGAGGAUUUGGUGGUUAUGUAUGUUGACUGCUAUGAUGUUAUAUUCGCUGGGGGACCAGAAGAGUUAUUAAAGAAGUUCCAACAAGCUAACCAUAAGGUAGUAUUUGCAGCAGAUGGAUUAAUAUGGCCUGAUAAACGACUAGCAGACAAAUACCCUGUUGUUCGCAGUGGAAAACGAUACCUUAAUGCAGGAGGUUUUAUUGGAUAUUCUUCAGCUGUAAAUAGUAUUGUACAACAAUGGAACCUCCAAGAUAAUGAUGAUGAUCAGCUUUUUUAUACUAAAAUCUAUAUCGAUCAGAUAAAGAGGGAACACAUUAAUAUUACCUUAGAUCACAAGUGCAACAUUUUUCAGGCUCUAAAUGGAGCUGUUGAUGAAGUACUUUUGAAAUUUGAAGAUGGAAGAGCCAGAGCUGGGAAUUCAGUGUAUGACACUUUGCCAGUCACUCUUCAUGGAAACGGCCCAACCAAACUUAAUCUCAAUUACUUUGGAAAUUAUAUCCCUAAUGGCUGGACUCGUGAAACUGGAUGCGGUACCUGUGACACAGAUUUACUAGACUUAGCCACGCUUGAUGAGAAUCCAAGAGUAACAAUUGGUGUUUUCAUUGAACAACCAACUCCUUUCCUGCCUAAGUUUUUAGACAGAUUGUUGACUCUGGAAUAUGUAAAGGAAAAACUUAGCUUCUUCAUUCACAAUAAUGAAGUUUUCCAUGAAAAACAUAUCAAGAGGUUUUGGGAAAAAGCCAAGAAUAUGUUCAAAACUAUACACAUUGUUGGACCUGAAGAAUAUCUGAGUCAAGCUGAUGCAAGGAACAUGGGAAUGGACAUCUGUCGGCAGAAUAAAGAAUGUGACUAUUAUUUUAGCAUUGAUGCGGAUGUUGUUUUAACGAACCCCAAUACUCUGAAACUUUUGAUAGAACAAAAUCGAAAGAUGAUUGCUCCUCUUGUACCGCGUCAUGGGAAGCUUUGGUCAAACUUUUGGGGUGCACUGAGUGCUGACGGAUAUUAUGCUCGAUCUGAAGACUAUGUGGAUAUUGUCCAAGGAAAUAGAGUAGGUGUAUGGAAUGUCCCAUACGUGGCUAAUAUAUACUUGAUCAAAGGACAAACACUCAGAUCUGAGAUGAAAGAGAGAAACUAUUUUGCACGGGACAGAUUGGAUCCUGAUAUGGCCCUUUGCAGGAAUGCCAGGGAAAUGACCUUACAAAGGGAAAAAGACUCCCCUUCUGCGGAAACAUUCCAUAUGCUCAGAGCCCCAAAGGGUGUCUUUAUGUACAUCACUAACAGGCAUGAAUUUGGAAGACUUAUAUCAACUGCCAACUACAAUACUUCUCACUACAACAAUGAUCUUUGGCAGAUCUUUGAAAAUCCUGUGGAUUGGAAGGAAACAUACAUAAGCCCCAACUACUCAAAAAUCUUCACUGAAAAUAUAGUGGAGCAGCCAUGCCCGGAUGUGUUUUGGUUCCCCAUAUUUUCUGAGACAGCCUGUGAUGAACUGGUACAGGAGAUGGAACAUUGUGGACAAUGGUCAGGUGGAAAACACCAUGACAGCCGUAUUUCUGGAGGAUAUGAAAACGUUCCCACUGAUGACAUUCACAUGAAACAAGUUGGGCUGGAAAAUGUGUGGCUACAUUUUAUUAGAGAAUUCAUAGCACCCGUAACACUAAAGGUGUUUGCUGGUUACUAUACAAAGGGCUAUGCCUUGCUGAAUUUUGUUGUGAAAUACACUACAGAGAGACAACGCUCCCUUAGACCUCAUCAUGACUCAUCUACAUUUACUAUCAACAUUGCUCUCAACAAAGUAGGAGAAGAUUUUGAAGGAGGUGGAUGUAAAUUUCUGAGAUACAAUUGCUCAAUUGAAUCACCCAGGAAAGGAUGGAGUUUCAUGCAUCCAGGAAGACUUACUCAUUUACAUGAAGGACUUCCCAUUUUGAAAGGAACUAGAUACAUUGCAGUAUCAUUUAUUGACCCUUAAUGUUAUUUCCCUGGCCUCUUAAAGAUGUUUGGCAAUUAUGACAAACUCUUAUUUGUAAUCCUUCUUCCAGAAGAUGGUGACAAAUGAAGCUUCUUCUAGACCGCUGCUUUACUUUGGGCUAAAAGAAUGAAAUAAUAAAAAAAAAACCAAACACUUUUUUUUUUUAAUCUUCAAACAUCUGAUCUGAGCCUUGAGCUGUAAAGUAAAAUAAUAAUGAUAAUGAUAAUUUUUUUCUUUUGCUGUCUGAAAAGGGGGGAGGAAAUUCCUUGAUGCAGACAAUCUAUAAAGUUUUUCAUGUGGGUUUUCCAUCCAUUAUGAAUAUCAAUGUGAAAUCUGUGCAUAUCUUGAUUAAAGAAAAUAUCUAUGCAUAUUGAGAUAUCUUCAGAUAUCUAUGCAUAUUAUAAGAAAGAGAAGUGCAUUAUAGAGAAAUGCAAAUCAUUGACAAAUAUAUAUAUGGGUACUAUAAAAAGCCUUUAAAAGAAGAAAUACUCUUCUUUUGGAAGAGUAUUUAGAAGUAUGUUCUCACCAAGUGUCCUUUAAUUGAGAAAUAUUCUGAAUUAAUUUUUUGUGCCAGUUCAGUGCUGGCAGUUCAGUCCCUCUUUUUGGAAACUUUGUAAUACCAAGAUAUCUUGGAAAACAAUUUUUCUACUCUUAUUUAAAACUACUUGAAUUUUGUAUCAGGAGAUAAAAGUUGAAGUUGCUCUUUUAUAAAAUGUGCAGGGGUUUGACUUGCCUUUGUUUUUUAAGGGAUCAGUUUUAAAUAAUUCCUGCUGUGCCUACUGUUUGUAAUUUAAAUGUUACACUUGAAAAAAAUGCUGAAACCAUGAAACCUGAGUGCUAAAAUGCACAUAUUUUUAAGUUUUG